UCGUGGAUCAUCAUAGAUUUACGAUUCGGUACAAGUGGAUCAUCAUUUAUCGUCGCGUCAUCGUGUCGUCUACAAUAAAUCGACUGCGGGUCAAACAAUUAAUAUGAAUAUCGAUUAAAUCGGACCGAAUGGGUCAGUGUGAGGAGUGGCAGCGACACUGCGCACACCCACAUCACCAAACUUGCACUAAACACGCGCGCGUUGCAAUAACAACCUUAUUAGCUUAACAUUAAGUUCAAUAGUGCAAUGCAAUGGGGGACUUCCGUGUUAUGGGCGCCAGCAGAAUACAGUUUGUACUGUUUUGCGCGAUAUUCAGAUCUGUGAUUAGUACUGGAUUAGGAAGAUGUCCGAUCUACCCGCAGUUCCCUAAUUACAACAUUACUCGUAUGACAGGCACGUGGUACGAGGUGGAGCGCUCGUUCCACCUCAUGGAGAUCGCGGCCAGCUGCACGGAGCUGGACGUGCUGCUCAACGAUCGAGGGUAUCUGGUCAUCACUGUCAACACCAUCAACAGGUGGACAGGCAGCCACGGGACCAGCUACGGGCUCGGCAUCCCGAGCCACGACGGCUCGUCCUCGUUCCGCUACAAGCUGAACAACCGCAUGCCCUACAUCAUCGGGCGCCUGCUGCCCGGCGCCGGCCAGUACAGCGUGCUGUACACGGACUACGAGAGCUUCGCCAUACUCUGGUCAUGCUCCAACUUCAGCAUCGCGCACUCUGACCGCAUGUGGGUACUGGGCCGCAGCCGAGACAUCGAGGCGACUCUGCGCGCGCAGAUCUACGGCAUCCUCCAGGAACUGAACCUGGACCCCGACCGCCUCAUCCUCGCCAAGAACCACAACUGCUCCAUCACCGACACCGAACUGUACGGACAGCUCGAGGAAACGACUGAAAUAAACUAACUAUUUAUUGAC